ACCAACGCUCUUCAAAGAUUCCCUUCCAACAAAAAGAAGAAGAAGCUGCAACAAUGGCGGAAUGCGAAAUCCAGAAGAUAGAUCCAGAAACAGAAUUUCUAUCAUCAAAGAGAGAAACCGGAAACGAAUGGGAAAUCUUCAAAGAAAACGUUAGACCAUUGAAAAGAGGUCGUAACGUUAACAUCCUCAACAACGCUCUCAAAUCUCACACCGAUAAUCACCUCAAGAAAUCGCUUCUGAAUCAACGAAGGAAACUUAUUGAAGCGGUUGAUGAUUACAAAGGCGAAGAUCCUCUUCUCCCUUGGUUAGAGUGUAUGAAGUGGGUUCAAGAAGCGUUUCCUCCAGGUGGAGAUAGCUCAGGGUUGGUGGUGAUUUAUGAACAAUGUGUGCGUGCAUUUUGGCAUUCGGAACAGUAUAAGGAUGAUUUGCGGUAUCUCAAAGUGUGGCUUGAAUAUGCAGACAAUUGCUUUGAUAAGGAAGUUAUAUAUGCUUUUUUGGAUGCAAAUGAAAUUGGAAAAACUCAUUCUGAUUUCUACAUUUCAUAUGCUUUGCACUUGGAAGUUAAGAACAAGUUUAAAGCUGCUAAUCAGACAUUUGAACUUGGCAUAUCAAGGAAUGCUCAACCCAUUGAAAAAUUGAAGGCUGCUUACAGAAAAUUUCUCAUUCGCUCAAUGUCAAGGACAAAACCUGUAGAGGAACCAAUGGAAAAACAGGCACCUGUCCGUAGCUUUGGAACUCUUCUCGCAAAAGGAGAAAAUGGUGCCCGGUUGGCUUCUUUGAAAAGUGAUCAUUCUUCUAAGAACAAUAGGACUCGAGCAGCACCACUUUCCAUUUAUAAAGAUUCAAAUGCCAGUGGUGAGACUGGCCCACAUCAGCCAGACCAGUCAAACUCUUGGCUCAAACUUGGAGCUCGAGCUGAAAGAAACAAGGAAAACAAUGCAAUUCCUGCCAAAUGGAAAUCCUUUAAGAUUCCACAGCGACCUGGGACCAGAACUUCCGUGGCUAGUGCAAGUGCCUGUAUCCCGGUGUUUGUUGAUGAAGAAUGUCAAGAUUCACUAAAUCUGAAAGCAGAAGGUUCCAAGUCCUCAAGUUUGAAAAUUAAACAAGAAGAUGAAAAGGACAUGAAAAGAGAAACAGAGUUACUAAGGAAGAAUCCAUUGAGAAACUUUCCACAUUGCAGCCUUCCCAGAUAAUUGAAAUCUCUGAUGCACUUUGCAUCACUAUGCUAUCUUUUCCUGUAACAAUUUGUGGUUCAGCUUUUCCCUAGAAAGCUUUGACCACCAUAUAUCAUUGUUUCAUGUUGGUAAUAUUGGAAUUUUGGGUUUGUUUGAUUUGUGAAAAUUCAUGUUGUACCAUAAUCUAUUUGUACUCCCCAGCUUAUUAAGUUGUUUGAUUCUGAUCCAUCUUGAGAAACUUGUACUGAGAAAGCAUAAUAAUAGAUUCUUUUCUUCAAUUCCUUUUUAAUUGGAAGUUUAUAUCACAGUUUUAUGAAAA